AUGAGAAAAACUGAUUUGUGUUUGAGUGAGGGGACUGAAGUGAUUUUAGCUACAUCAAGUGAUGAAAAACACCCACCUGAAAAUAUUACUGAUGGGAAUCCAGAAACAUUUUGGACCACAACAGGAAUGUUUCCUCAAGAGUUCAUUAUUUGUUUUCACAAACAUGUAAGGAUUGAAAGGCUUGUAAUCCAAAGUUACUUUGUGAGGACCUUGAGGAUUGAAAAGAGCACAUCUAAAGAGCCAAUUGAUUUUGAGCCGUGGAUUGAAAGAGAUCUAGUCCACAAGGAGGGGCAGCUUCAAAAUGAAGAAAUUAUGACCCGAGAUGGCCACACCACUCAUUUGAGAUUCAUUAUUAUAUCAGUCUUUGAUCAUUUUGCAUCUGUGCAUAGUGUUUCUGCAGAGGGACUAGCAGUCUCAAAUCUUUUUUAGUAAUUAUAACAAAAUACUUUUG